GAAGCUUAACACAAAGGAUUUCUAACCAUCUUUUAUCUUAUAAAAAAAAGAAAAAAACCAAUUAGAUGGAAAAAGGUAGAAAAGUCCGCGGAUGCAUUUAGCCGUUUCCGGGGUAUCCAUUUUUUCGUAAUAAAAUGCCUUGUUUUGACUGUAUCGCACUAUGUAUCAUUUGAUAAUCCAAGAAACCCUCUAUUUUUACUUUUGUUUUCGGUCUAAAUUGAAAUGGAAAAAUUACAAGGACAUAGAGAACUAGAUAGGUCUUGGCAACAUAACUUUUUCUAUCCACUUAUCUUUCAGGAAUAUAUUUAUGUAUUUGCAUAUGAUCAUGCUUUAAAUAAAUUGAUUUUGUUGGAAAAUGCGAUCGACAAGAAAUACAGUUUACUAAUUGUAAAACGUUUAAUUACUCGAAUGUAUCAACAGAAUCAUUUUAUUCUUUCUGUUAAUGAUUCGAACCAAAAUGAAAUUUUUGGGCACAAACACAAAAAGAAUUUGUAUUCCCAAAUGAUAACAGAAGGUUUUGCAGUCAUUGUGGAAAUUCCAUUUUCCCUACUAUUAAUAUGGUCCCUAGAAGGAAAAGAAAUAGUAGAAUCUAAAAAUUUGAGAUCAAUUCAUUCAAUAUUUCCUUUUUUAGAGGACAAAUUCUUACAUUUAAAUUAUGUGUUAGAUAUAUUAAUACCUUACCCUGCCCAUCUAGAAAUCUUGGUUCAAACUCUUCGCUAUUGGUUGAAAGAUGCCUCUUCCUUGCAUUUAUUACGAUACUUUCUUUACGAGUAUCGUAAUUGGAAUAGUCUUAUUCGGCCAAAAGAAUCCAUUUCCCCUUUUUCAAAAAGGAAUCGAAGAUUAUUUUUGUUCCUAUAUAAUCUUGUUGUAUAUGAAUACGAAUCCCUUUUUGUUAUUCUACGCAAGCAAUCCUCUUAUUUACGAUCAACGUCUUUUGGAGCCCUUCUUGAACGAAUCCAUUUUUACGGAAAGCUAAAAUAUCUAGUAAAAGUCAAAGUUAAGGUUUUUGGGGUUAUCCUAUGGCUUUUCAAAGAACCUUUUCUGCAUUAUGUUCGGUAUCAAGGAAAAUGCCUUCUGUCUUCAAAAGGGACAUCCUUUCUAAUGUAUAAAUGGAAAUAUUACUUUAUUGCUUUCUGGCAAUGUCAUUUUUCUGUGUGGUCUCAACCAAGAAGAAUCUAUAUCAAUCAAUUAUCAAACUAUUCCCUCGACUUUAUGGGUUUUAUUUCAAAUGUGGGACUCAAUUCUUCAGUAAUACGGAGUCAAAUGUUAGAAAAUUCAUUUAUAGUAGAUAAUAUUAUUAAGAAGUUUGAUACCAUAGUUCCAAUUAUUCCUCUGGUUGGCUCGUUGGCUAAAGCAAAAUUUUGUAAUGGAUUAGGUCAUCCCAUUAGUAAGUCGGUCUGGACCGAUUUAUCCGAUGCUGAUAUUAUUGACCGAUUUGGACGUAUAUGCCGAAAUCUUUCUCAUUAUUAUAGUGGCUCUUCAAGAAAAAAAAGUUUAUAUCGAAUAAAAUAUAUACUUCGACUUUCUUGUGCUAGAACUUUGUCUCGUAAACAUAAAAGUACUGUACGUGCUUUUUUGAAAAGAUUAGGUUCAGAAUUUUUGGAAGAAUUCUUUACGGCGGAAGAAAAAGUCCUUUCUUUGAUCUUACCAAGAGAUUCUUCUACUUUAUCAGGAGUCUAUAGGGGGCGUGUUUGGUAUUUGGAUAUUAUUUGUAUUCAUAAUUUGGCCAAUGAUGAUGAUUUUGGUUAUAAGACUAUCUAAAUGGAAUGGAAAUUAUACCUAAAUGAAUGGAGGUAUAAGAUAAAAAAUAUUAUUCAUUCAUUUCUAUACUGAAAUGUUUAUACUUAUACAAUAAGAGUUGAAUCCAUUGAGUAUUCAACUUUGUUCGAGUUCCCCCUAGGAAGGGAACUGAGUUUGAAAUGUAUA